AUUAACUACUCCCUCUCCCUCUCCCUCCCCCUCUAGGGUUUCCUCUCGCUCUCCUUCUCUUGGGUUUCUCUCUCUCUCUCUCUCUAGGGUUUUCUCUGUUGCGACGAUGCCGCGCGCGAGCGGAGCCGUGCUUGGGGCGCUGAACGUGGCGACGCUGCUACUGUCGAUCCCGAUCAUCGGGGCUGGGAUAUGGCUGAGUCACCGCGGGUCCACGGAUUGCGAGCGGUUCCUACAGCGCCCGGUGAUCGCUCUCGGGGUCUUCAUCCUCCUCGUCUCCAUCGCCGGGAUCGCCGGGGCAUGCUGCCGCAACAACUGCCUCCUCUGGAUCUACCUCCUCGUCAUGUUCGUGCUCAUCCUCCUCCUCUUCUGCUUCACCGUGUUCGCCUUCGUCGUUACCAACAAGGGCGCGGGGUCGGUCGUCUCCGGGAGAGGGUACAAGGAGUAUCGGCUCGGCGACUACUCGCAUUGGCUCCAGCGGAGGGUGGAUAAUGACAACAACUGGAGAAGGAUCAGGAGCUGUCUCCAGGACGGGAAGGUGUGCCAGAGCCUGCAGGAGAAGAACCAGACGCUCAACGACUUCAUCAACAGCAAUCUCUCGCCAAUUCAGUCCGGGUGCUGUAAACCUCCCACUGCAUGCAACUUCACCUAUGCGAGCGAGACGGUUUGGGUCAAACCAGCCGGCUUUAAUUCUUCCGAUGACCCUGACUGCAAUACGUGGUCGAACGAUCAAAGCAUGCUCUGCUACGACUGCCAAUCCUGCAAGGCGGGCGUGCUUGCGAACCUCAAGCAUGACUGGAAGAAGAUCGCCAUCGUGAACAUUGUCUUCCUUGUCUUCCUCAUCGUAGUCUACUCCUUCGGUUGCCACACAUUCAGGACCAACCGGAGGGACAACUCGUACCCAGGAUACAAAUAUUAAUAGGUUCGGCCUAUGCAUUUUGGGUUUCAUUUUAUGCCUUUCAUUUCACUUGCUUGUUUUCGUGGUUCAUCGAUGUAUAUCCUUGGUGUGCUCAACUUGUUUAGCUUAGGAUACACCUUUGGUUGCUGAUAUGAUAUCCAUGGCUUUAUCAUGUUAUAUACCUUUUUGGUAUUACUUAGUACAUGGUUUGGUUGCUUUUUAAUUUCUAUAGUUUGUGAAGGCUCCUAGUUUAGUAUUACUUGGUAUUGUGUUUUA